UAUCGGUUCAGACCAUGGGACUCUCUCAACUAUAAUAUCUAUAUAUUAAAGAAAUCUAAAGUAGAAGAGGCAGCCGCGCAUAAAGAUUAUAUCCAAAUAAUAGAGGAUAACUCUAUAGUAAUCUACUUAGACGCCUCUAAAACUAAAGACGGAGAUGGGAUAGGAGUA